CCUAGAAAAUUAUAUUCACAGUAAUGUCUUCGAUCAUCGUCUUCACUUUCUCCAUCCUCCUCCUCUCAACUUUCGCAAUCUCAUCCCUACUCGAUGCUGCUGACAAUGGAGGCAAUGACAACUUCACUGCCUAUCAAGUCAUUCAAUCGUAUGGAUUUCCCAAAGGAAUUAUUCCUAUUGGCGUCAUCGGCUACGAACUCGAUAAACCCACGGGUAAAUUUAAAGCUUUUUUCAAUGGUUCUUGUAGCUUUUCUCUAGAAGGUUCCUACGAUCUCAAAUACCAAUCGACAAUCGGCGGGAUCAUAUCGAAUGGUAGAUUGAAGGAUCUAACUGGAGUUAGCGUCAAGGUGUUCUUCUUUUGGCUCAACAUUGUUGAAGUUUAUCGGACCGAAGACGAGCUUGGUUUUUCCGUUGGAAUUGCUUCGGCUGGGUUUCCGAUUGAUAAUUUUGAGAUUUGUCCGCAAUGUGGAUGUGGUUUGAAUUGCAAUGGCGUUGUUGAUGAUCAUGAAGAUAAGCAAGUACAGAAGAUCAGAACAAACACGAUUGUUUCUUCAAUUUAGAGGUUAGAUGAUUUCCAACUGAAUCACGCUUCAAUUUCUUUGUUUAUUCGCUUAGAAAUCAUCUUUUUUUGUUACUUUUCUAUGAUUGAAUUCCCAUUAUGUUUGCAUGCAUCCAUUAGAGAAAUAAAAUAUGCUCCUUUU